CCAAUCAAAACAGCCAAAGCAAACCACAGCAAGCCGCCAAAAGCCGGCGCAGGCGGUAGAUCAUCGGCGGAAUAUUUUCGCAGCACUAAUACGUGGUUACGCAUUACAAAUGAACUAAUAAGUCAGAUUUGACAUUGGUCGGUCGAGCUAUUCUGCUCUACCUGCCAUUAUUCCGGCAAACUGUGACAAAUCCUUGCCGCACGGUACUUCAGACCCUUCAGGCGUACGUCUGACGAAAACGUUCCAAAUACCGGUUAUUGUGGUGUGUUAACUAGCGUGCCGGGAAGUCUCAAAAUGUCACAACAGCAAACUUCGGGGUUGAAGUGCCACCCGCUACUUCUCCAACUCAAGCAAGCCGACGAAAAGCUGUCGAGCAAGUGCUUUCUGGCUGCCAACAACCAUUCGCCGAUGGCGAGCUGGAGGUCAACGAUGAUACUCUUGGAGUACUCUGCGCAUGGCAUCCCUUGGUUACUAGUGGACGUGCUGCUUGUAUGGUUCGUGACAGACAGGGAACUCUGUGCUUUCUAUAUAAAUCUUUUCCUUGCACUGUGCAUCGACCUCAUUGCAGUAGCCUGUGUGAAAUCAGCCGCACGGCGCAAGCGUCCAGUCGUCAACCGGCAAGACAUGUUCUUUACGGUGUCCAUCGACAAAUUAUCCUUCCCAUCAGGCCAUGCGUCGAGGACAGCCAUGUUGUCGUGCAUCAUCAUCCUAAAGACCUCCGUUUUCCCAGUAUUUAAACUGGCGUCGGUUCUCUGGUGCGCCGCUGUGGCCGGCUCAAGGGUCCUCCUGGGCCGCCACUACAUAGGAGAUGUUUGCGGCGGAAUUAUUUUAGGAGUGAUCGAAUAUCUCGUGAUAGUGACAUUGUUUUGGAUGAACAGCGAGACUGCCCUCUACAUUGCAUCCUAUUUUACCAGUUUUGCAAGUUUUCAUGUCGGAAAUGAAGGCGUUGAACUAUGAGGGACGUGCCUGUGAGUCUCGAGUGGGUCGUGUAAUUUCGCAGCCUAGGAUGUCUCGGUUUGUCCGUUGUACAGCGUUAAGAGAACACGAUAAAACGAUAAUACUCCGCAAUCUCACUUGUC